AUGGCGGCCACUCUUGCUGAGGCACAGCCGGGAAUUGCUGCGCUGGCUACGGGCACGACCUCGCCCGGCGAUCCCUCGACCGAUCCUACGCUCGAACCUCUACCACCAACGCGCAAAUUCAAGCUAUCCGACUUCAAGCGGGUGCGGACUCUGGGCACUGGCACGUUUGCUCGAGUGGUUCUCGUCCGCCCUGCCAAUGCCACAAAGCCUCUAGAGGAAGAGAAGAACCCUGAGGUGUAUGCUCUCAAGAUCCUCAAGAAGACGGAGGUGAUCAAGCUGAAACAAAUCGACCAUGUGCGCCACGAGCGAGCCAUCUUGGCAGAUGUGGCAGGGCACCCCUUCAUCACCAAUCUGCUGGGGUCAUUUUCCGACCACGACUGCUUGUACAUGCUGCUCGACUACGUCCCCGGCGGCGAGCUUUUCAGCUAUCUGCGGAAGUACCGCCGGUUCGACGAGCCAACUGCGCGCUUCUACGCCGCCGAGAUAGUGCUCGUGCUGGAGUUUUUGCACGAGCAGCAGGGGGGCGUGGCCUACCGGGACCUGAAGCCGGAGAACCUCCUGCUGGACCAGGACGGGCAUAUCAAGCUCGUCGACUUUGGCUUCGCCAAGAGGCUCGGCUACAAGGACGACCGGCCGGUGGAGACGUACACGCUAUGCGGCACGCCCGAGUACCUGGCGCCAGAGGUAAUUCAUAACAAGGGCCACACGACGGCGGUGGACUGGUGGGCGUUGGGCAUACUGAUAUACGAGUUCUUGACGGGCUACCCUCCGUUUUGGCAUCAGAAUCCUAUUGAGAUUUACAAGCAAAUCGUCGAGAAGCCCGUCGUCUUCCCCCAAGAGCCAGUCAUCUCCGACGAGGCCCAAGACAUCAUCCGGUCCUUUUGCACAAUCGACCGCUCCCGGCGCCUCGGCAACAUCAGCGGCGGAGCCGGCCGCGUCAAGGCGCAUCCCUUCUUCCGCGGCGUCAACUGGGACGACAUGCUCAGCCGCCGGCACCGCGGGCCCAUCAUCCCACCCAUCCGCUACCCCGGCGACGACCAGUGCUUCGACGUAUACCCGGAGGAUGACGCCAGAAGCACCGCGUACACCGUCGAGAUGGCGAACAAGUACGACCGCUACUUUGAAGAUUUUUGA